CUGGAGAUACAGACGGAGAGAGAAACAUUCAGAGCUUCAGACGCCUGCAGAGAAGAUGGAGAUGAAGAUGAGCUGUGUGUGUUUGGUGCUGGGGCUGGUCCUGCUGAUGACCAUCUCCUCAGAUGCUACGCAGUCCAAUGCCCAUCCUGAUCUGUGCUGUUUCAACUUCGUCCAUUUUAAAGUUCCAAAAGAAAACAUAGAAAAAGUUGAACCGACAAAUUCCAACUGCCCAAAGCAGGGCUAUGUGGUCACAACGAAGAUGAACAAGAGGUUCUGCAUAAAGGAAAUAAUCCUGAACAAUAACUAAUUUCAGAGCUGCAGCUUCAACACAGCCCAGACGCAGCACACAGAGCAGCUAGAAGCUUUACACAACCCUUUAAUCAUCACAUGAUUUUAUCAAUCAGUGCUUUCCUUUUUCCUCGGCUUAUCAGUGCUUGUUUAACUCUGUGGAAAUAAAACAAUGUAUGACAAAAAUCUCUGCAGAGAAAAGUAACAUCAUAAAGACAAAUUAGAUUUCAGUGCUCCAGCUUCUAUACAGUAUACAAUAUAUAAUAAAGCUUCUAUACAAUAUACAAUGUAUUGUGGUUUUACAAUAUUUUUAAUGCUUAUUUUAUGCUGUGAAUCAAAAUAAAAC